GAUUUUGCAGAUCAAAUUAUAAACAGCAGCAAUAUUUAUAGUUCAUAAUAGACUACAGGAACACAGUAUGCAAUGUCAAAACAGCUUAAGGAAUACGAUCUCAUUUUGAAGUUGCUUCUUGUUGGUGACAGUAGUGUUGGGAAAAGUUGCAUUAUGUUGCGAUAUUCUGAUGACCUCUAUACUGGUACCUACAUAUCAACAAUUGGAGUUGAUUUUAAAGUAAAGACAGUUCAACAGGAUGGAUUGACAGUUAAACUUAUGAUCUGGGAUACUGCCGGGCAGGAGAAAUUUAGAUCGAUAACAGCGAGCUACUACCGUGACGCUCAUGCUGUAAUGGUGGUAUACGACACGACCCGACCUUCUACAUUUGACCAUGUCCACAAGUGGCUCAUCGAAAUUGAGAGUGCCUGCCAGGAUAUUGUCAAGAUUCUAGUUGGUAACAAGGCUGACUCACCACUAAGAAAAGUGAGCAGCGAGAAAGGAGAGGAGUGUGCUGAUCAAUACAGCCUGCCAUUCUAUGAAACCAGUGCUAAACUCAACCUCAACAUUACUGAGGCGUUCACAGACCUAGUCGAUCAAGCGUUGGAAAAGAAGCGGGCUGUGGAAGAAGCUUCUCGACCAAGAGGAGAUACUAUCACAGUACAGAAGGAGAAGAAGAAACAGAGCAAAGAAUGCAGUUGUAAAAAAUAGUUUUGAGAAUUCUCGUUGUGAAGAUAAAUAUUUUCAUAGUAGUGUUUUGUAACCAGUAAUAAUGUUAAAGUCGAGAUUAUAAAUGAGUUGAGAAUGUUUUAAACAAUACAGAAAUAAUAUUACAAAUACAAUGCUCUUCUUUUUAAAAUAUAGCUACAUAUUAUUCGAAAUUAAGCUCAAUCUUUAAACAAGCUUCCAAAAGAUCGCUGCUACUAUCCUUACAGCGAGAUAGAUGUUCGUUACAAACGGGAAAUAGUCUUA